UUUUCGAUUAAAGUUAAUUCAAUAAGUGCAGGAAAUUUUAAUGUGAUGACUAAUUUUUUAGGGCGAAAAUUGAUUUGUAAAUCGUUCUGUUAUGCUUCCACCGCGUCUGAUCCUUAUCUUUUUGGACUUAAAAUUUCAUUCUCAAAUUUCAACAUUUUUGUAAAACAAUUAUCUUUUGCCAAAUUUCAAUGAUGACGUUUCUUUUGUUAUAGGAUGUAUGGAAUUGAUUGAAAUGCUGACUGAAUGAUGACUUCAGAGAUUUAACAAUAUACUGUUGGUUGAAGAAGCGUCUUCGAAUUAUCGAUUUGUCUUAAUGAACACCAUAAAAGAAAAGCCUCUUGUGGCAAGCCAUCAAGAAUUUCAAGAAAGACUUAGGAAAACACUGCAUUAUGGGAAGUAUGCUGAUGCCACACUACCUUCCCCAGUAGUUACAGAUGUUGCCGUUCGCUUUAUAAAUGCGCAUGUGAAAGGAAGUCAUUUGAUCAACAUCAGGCUUCUAAGAUUUCUCGGGGAGCAAGAAUAUCCCCUUGUGCAUUAAUGAUGGGAAUCCUAUACACUGAAAGACUUGCUCAAAGCAAUCCUUCAUAUCUAAAGAAAAUGUGUUCAUCAGACUUGUUUGUUGUGUCGAUGCUUGUUGCCUCCAAAUAUCUUUAUGAUGAUGGCGAAGAAGAGGAUGCAUAUAACUAUGAUUGGUGCAAAGCAGGAAAUUAUCACAUACAAGAUUUAAAUCGAUUAGAACAAGAGUUCUUGAUUGCUAUUAAUUGGAAGAUAUUUGUGAAGUGUGACGAGUUCUUUGAAGUGGUAAACAGAUUGGAGACAAGGAUUGCUAUGGAUCAAGGAAGGAAUCAUGGGUGGUACACAUAUUUGGACAUGAGCACUAUUCUAAAGAAUGUUGACUUUCAACAAUUUCUCUUUAUGUAUUUGAAGUGUACUGGGAAGGUAAUCUUGGCAUGCUCUAUUACAUAUUCUGUAUCAAUCGUGUUGUUGGUCACAGCUCAUGCAUUUAUUGCUAGUCAUCAUCAAUUUGUGAAUAAACAUCAUGUAGAAACUAUGUUAUCCAGACCAGUUGUGGGACAUUCUAAUCAUUUUGAAUCUUUGUUUGGAAAAGCUACAUCUGCCGGAAAAUCAUGGGUUGGUACAAACAUGAAAGGCUUAAACGUUGGAGAGUCACAAGUUAAUGACUUAGCACUUGCAUUAAAGUACAUAGUGAAGAGAGAUGUCUGUGGUAAAUGUGGGUUUAGAAGGACUACUGUAGGAUCAGAGAGGCCUUCCAAUGUGAGGCCAUCAUUUGUAAAGUCUCACAAUAAAAGAAAUGCAACGACAUCAUUACAAAUGAUUGCUUCUGGUUUCAGUCAAGUAUGGAUGUUUAUUGAGAGGACAUUUGGCAAAACAUCUUGGUUGAAUAGACCAAUAAAGUUUCCUAUUUGGGAGAACUGUCGUUAUUCAGACAUUGGUUUUACCACAUCACCUGUGAUUGCAAUUGCUGCAUAGUAUUAUAGAAAAAUGAUAAAUGAUGUUUCAUCUAGUUAAAGUAAUCAAUGUGAUAAUUCUAACUGUACCAUAAUCAGGUUUAUCAUUUACAACAAAGGAUUGAAUGUUGCAAUAAAAGGUAAAUGUUACAGUAAUCUUUGAAGUAUAUCGAAGACAUGAAAUAAGCUAACAUCCAUAUUAAGCAGGUUUGUUGAAAGUAGUCGUUAUUUACAGUGAUGUCUUUCAUAGCAGUGUCUGUCUUCUGACCAUUACACUUUGACAGAAAUCUGAAAAAGUGAUUAAGAUUAGCAGUCACACAUUUUAUAUGGGCCAGCGCUCCGAACCCCCAUACAUGUAUUAUAAUGUUGGUAGAAGUAUGUAAAUUGUAGUUAGAAAGUAUCAAUGCAAUAAAUACAAUUAAAAUUA